AUGGGCAACAAAGUAUUUCCCAGCUGGCCAGCGGCUGUCAAAAAUCCUUAUUUCAAGCCAAAACUUGGAUUUCCCAUCUCUCCAGAGAUCCUGCACUGGCAGGAGGACACGGACUUGCCUGCCCCGGAGAGCCCAGAGGGAUGCAAUCUCCCUGAGCAUCAGGACCUGGAUCCACCCAGGGCCAGGAGGAACGCGUGGGCCGGGCUACCACGGGGCCGGGCAAAGUGCGACGUGGGUGUGGCAGGAGACAGCCGUGGACAGGCUCUGAGCAGCUCCUGGUGGAAGGACCUGGCCCCAGAGCAGGAUUUGGCUGAGGAAAUCAUCCUGGGCGUAGGAGCCAUCGAGCCAGCAGAGGAGGGUGAACCAGGCAUAAAGGUCUUCUCCAGCAGUGCCUGGGCUCAGAGGAGCCCACCCCAAGUUCAGGCAAGACCAGAAGAGGAUCGUGACCGCCUCUACCACCCCCAAGAUGAUGCCAGGGAGGCUAAUGCCCGUGUGCCAUUCUGGAUGCUCUCCCUGGAGGUGCAGAAUGGCCCAGAGGAGGAUCGUGACCACCUCUACCACCCCCAGGAUGAUGCCAGGGAGGCUGACAUCUACAAGCCACCCCGGAUGUUCUCCCUGGAGGUGCAGAAUGGCCCGGAGGAGGAUCGUGACCACAUCUACCACAGCUGAGUGGAGAUGUGCCCGGGCUGUGAAAUGAGGGGUGGGAGUCACCCCUGGGGAAAUUUGCCCCUUCCUACCCAGCCUUGAGCCUCACCAAUAAACCCACUGCUCUCUCUA